UGGGAAAUGCAGUAGCACCGGGAAGUAAAAAAAAAAAAUGCUCCUAGACUGGAUAUGCCCUUAAAUGUGAUUCAGGUCGAGCCACAUUCCUCGUUUCUUGCCAAAUAUAGCUUGUAAUUGUUGUGUCAUGUAACGUGAGGAAGAAAAAUAGAUUCCGUACAGCUCGGACGGACACGAAGCAGGGCGACGAUGGCCGGCGAAAAUGUGAGUGUGGUCUUCAAAUUGUACUGCCUGACGGUGAUGACACUGGUGGCAGCUACAUACACAAUAGCACUACGAUACACACGGACCAUUACAACACAAGACAUGUACUUCUCCACAACCGCAGUGUGCAUUACUGAGGUUAUUAAAUUAGUACUAAGCAUCGGGAUGCUGGCAAAAGAAACAGGAAGCCCCAGCAGGCUGAAGAGUGCCAUCGUAGAGCAAAUAUUCUUCAGUCCAAAAGAGCUGCUGAAGUUGAGCGUGCCCUCAAUAGUGUAUGCAAUUCAGAAUAACAUGGCCUUUCUAGCUCUGAGUAACCUCGACGCAGCAGUUUAUCAGGUGACUUAUCAGCUGAAGAUCCCAUGUACAGCUUUGUGCACUGUCUUCAUGUUGAACCGUUCUCUGAGCCGGUUGCAGUGGUUUUCCGUCUUCAUGCUGUGCGGUGGUGUUACACUUGUUCAGUGGAAGCCUGCAGAAGCCACUAAAGUACAGGUUGAGCAGAAUCCUUUCAUUGGUUUUAUCGCCGUUGCCAUUGCUGUUCUUUGCUCUGGAUUUGCAGGUGUGUACUUCGAGAAAGUGCUGAAGAGCUCAGACACGUCUCUGUGGGUGAGGAACAUUCAGAUGUACCUGUCGGGCAUUGUGAUCACACUCAUUGGUGUGUACAUGACUGAUGGCGAUAAGGUCCUGGAAAAGGGGUUCUUCUUUGGUUAUACACCCUGGGUGUGCUUUGUUGUAUUCCUGGCCAGUGUGGGUGGUUUGUACACGUCAAUAGUAGUGAAGUACACAGACAAUAUUAUGAAAGGCUUCUCUGCUGCAGCUGCCAUCAUCCUCUCAACCGUGGCAUCCGUCAUCUUGUUUGGAUUACAGAUAACGGUCACAUUCGCCUCCGGAGCCCUUCUCGUGUGUGUGUCCAUCUACCUUUACGGACUUCCAAAGCAGGACACGUCCAAGUUGACUCGACCAGAUGCAGACAGAGAACAGAAAUCGAAACUCAUCUCUGUGUGAAUGGCUCGUAGAAAAGUUUUUUUUUUUUUUUUUUUUUUGGAGGACCAGUUCUGAGCUGGGGUUGUCUUGUUUGGGAGAUUUUGAGGGCUUUUAAUUUUGGAAAUCAUUUUUUUAUUACCAAAACCAUUUGGGUAAUCUUCUAUUUGUUUUCAAGUAAACUGGCCCUCACUAGCUGCUUCUUUUGUUCAAUAAUUUGUAAAUUAUUUGAAGCAAUCAGUGAAGUCUUGGAUCUCACCUUCAGCCGCGCUGAGGUGCCGCCAUGUAGUAUCAAGACUUUGGCUCUUAUUUUGAUGCCUUUGUGUAUCUUUUUAUAGGGGAUAUAAAAACGACACAGCUCCUUGUUCAUGGAGUUGCUUUUCUUUUUCUUCAUGUGUAAUGUGUCUUAUGUCCAUAUCACAUAGUGCUAAUUCUGAAGGUGUCCAUCUCAGAGGAACACAUACUUGAAAGCAGAGCGACAGACUGCAUGUGUGAUUAUAUUCUGUCUGUAAUAUCACACGUCUUGUAUCUUUUAUAUCACAUUUGUUUUGCAUUAUGUUUCAAAAGCAGUGUCAAAGGUUUAAUACAAUUAGGGGGAAGUUAUUAAAGUGUCAACCAUCAGAUCCAACUGUGAAAAAACUCAACCUUGUACUGUGAUUUGUAUGUUUUAAGUUUUUCUCUUCUUUCCUUCAGUAUUUAUAUACAGCAAUGGAAAAAGGUUUUGGACACCCCAUGCAUUUGUCAUAUACAGGGUGUCCACAAAGU